AUGGUUGCCUGGGUGGUAGUCACGACAAGAUGGACACUCGCCGAAGUCCAGGCUGUAAUCGCCGUCAUCAUUACUCUUGUCUGUUUCCUGGCAUCGUCCACAGUAUCUCGACUAUUCUGGCAGACCAGCGCGGUGAGGCUGAGCAACAAUCGAAAUGUCCCGGUUUCGUCCCUGGUUACCUCCACGAGUCCAUCGGAAGUUUGGGAUGUCCUUCGCUUGUUUAAAUUCCGACUUUUCUCCUCUAGACACCGCGGGUUAGCAAUUCAGGGCAUGCUGGUCGUCCUUCUGAAUGUGUGCGGUAUUCUGGCCGGAGUAAUCGCAAAGGUUUCUACUCGGACAGGGUCUAUCACUCCGCAUCGGACGACUCAAGGCGACAUGGCCACGAGGUCAAUGUCGGAUGAGAUUGAUAACUCAGUCAGAUGGCAGAAGAUUAUGGAUUCACUUGAUCAAGCACAGUUUCCAAGAGAUCAAUUGCUCGACUUCCUUCCUGACCUCAAUUCGGACUGGGUCUACAAGGCUGAAGAUUGGAACUCAACUUUCGCCGUUCAAUGUCACACCACUCCCCAGACUCUGAUCAGCCUGGAAGCAGUUGGAAACUAUACCUACAGCUUCACCGGCCUCAGUGCGUUGUACGAAGUCCCAGGUCUUUGGUCCCUUUUCUCUGACGAAUGGAUACGGGACGCUUAUAUGUAUGACACCAAAGUUUACGGGCAAUGGACGACCACGACGAGUACCACCUUUUGGGACUACGGAGUUAUCUGGAUAACGUCGACUGUUCAACCUUCAAACACCAGCAACGACAUGACCGACAUGUCAGUAGCUCUGAUAGCAGUCUGUUUCCGGCACUCGCCCUAUCCAUCAGAUCCUGACGUGGGGUCCUUCGGCAUUGGACCGCUCGAACAAUCUUUCUUCACCAAAGUCGAGUGUGACAUCACGAGAAAGAGACCGGACGAAUUUUCCUACUUUGAAGCGUACCCAAACGUCUUCUACAACAACAGCCAUCUAAGCGCCAUGCUGCAUUCGCAAUUCUGGCCGAAUCUCUUCCGCCCAACCAGCGACGGCAACACUCAAAUUAACGCCCCCUCUGGUGAAGAGAUGUUCCGAUUGUACCAGGCUUACACCAUCAGCAAAGACACGUUUUAUCCUCAUCCCGUAACGCGCGAGAUCAGCACCCGAGUCCGCACCGUUGAAGUCUCCAUUGCCUUCCUCAUCGUCGCUGCUGCUGUAAUAUCGUCACUGCUAGUCGGUUUUAUCAGGAUCCUGUUGCUGUGGAAGCGGCACCACCACAUCAUCAAGGACGUCCCUGAGUCAAAGAUUGACUGGAUGAUCCAAUCACUUCAGGGGUCGAAUGUCAAACGCUCAUCUGUAUCCUCUUCUCCGGGGCUCACGAUGCCGGCGGCAGCGACCGGCAACGGAUACCUCCCGCUCUCCUCUUCAAUGGGCCGCGAUUUGGACAAGCUCGACGUCCUCGAAGGCGCCGUCUUCAACGUCGCCGAUGGCGUCUGUACCAACCCAAGAAGCGCCAAUUCGGAUAAGGGUCUGUUCUCGCCCACGACCCUGCCCGUUACUCCUAGAAGAUUUGGCAGCGUCAAUGGCAGCCCGUCAUUGAGCCGCCACGCAAGCGCGGAUCCUAGUUCUGGUCAGUAUUCCGAAUUAGCGACUCUUCUGCCUACGACCUCGAAUCUUUGGGUCAGGGCCCAUCGCAGUCGCGACUCAGACUCGACCCUGGUCUCUCAUUGGGAAACUUGA